CCCUUUUCCACUCUUGAUUUUUUUUUUUCAGAGGAGUGAGAGCACUAAUGACUAAUGUAUUGAGGCCUUGAGGUUGAGCAAGAAUUUUUGGAUAAAUUUAGUAAAUAAUCUGAAUAAGUUAUUUUGAAUUUUUUUCUUCAGGAAGUUGGUACUUUUUUCAUUGAGGCCAAAGUAAGCAUUGAUCAAUCACUCAUUUUGGAAAGGUCAAAAUGAAGUCAGCAGAUCAAAUCCAGUAUUCUGACAAAUACUAUGAUGAAAAGUAUGAGUACAGACAUGUCAUCCUACCUUCAGACAUUGCAAAGCUGGUACCCAAAACUCAUCUUAUGUCAGAGACUGAGUGGAGGAACAUGGGAGUGCAACAAAGCCCAGGCUGGGUGCACUACAUGAUCCAUGGUCCUGAACCGCACAUUCUCCUGUUUCGGCGCCCACGAACAGACUUAUAAAUGCUUCUCGUGGACAUGUGCAAGUGCCUUGAGAGAAAAUGCAUCUCUCAUCUGCCACUUUUGUGGUGUCUUCCUUUUUUAUAAUCUCAACAUAGUGAUUGAAUUUAUACCAGAGUGUCUCAACAUUGGUUUUUUUAUGCAUAUUAAUGCUUCUUACUCUGUCUUGGGAUUGGUUGUUCUUCCUCAAAGUGUUUGUAUUUACCUAAUCAAUUAGCACUGUUACAUUUAUUUCCAAACUGUUAUUGGCUUUCACUGCGAAGAAAGUUGUAGCAGAAUGUUUUCCUAUUUUGGUUUACCAUUUUUAUCCUGAAGUAUUGCAGACUAGAACAUCAUUGUAAGCUUAUCCGUUUGCCUCGAGUUUUUGUGGGAUGACGUGCCCUGAAUUUAUCAGGCUGCGUUAGUUACAUUUGCUUUCCUUCAUUUGUAUGGCUGUAAUGACAGUUUGCACUGUUGCCGUCUCAUUUUCUAAUCGCAUCCUUAUAGUAUCUUGUGUCUCUUGAAUUUAUUAUAUACUCUCCAGGAAAUAUAUUUGUGUCUUGUUUCGACAUACAUUAUGCAGUACACGGAGUUUUAACAAGUACAUAACAACUUAGAAUUAUAUCUUGGUUUGCUCCUCUAAAAAUCUUGAAUUGUCUCCGUAUUUUUUUUUUUUAAUCUUGUAAAGACAAGAAAAAAAGCUGCUGCCACAUUCCUUGAAUGUUAUGCCAGUUAGCUUUAAUUCUUCUAAUGGUGUGAAAGAAGCUCUGAGAAAUAACCCAUGCCGUCGCCAUCUGGAGAGUAGUCUGGGACGGUGCAGACUGCAGAAGGAAUUUAUUUCAAUCUGGUAUUUCAAUCGAACGAAGAACUUACCAACAGUGUUUCU